ACGGCCUCUAUUUUUUUUUUUUAUUAUCAUUAUUUAUUUUAUAAGCUUUUAUAACCAAUACUAAUGGAAUCAACUACAAAUUUGUUUGAUACCAACUUGUCACCCCCUCCUUACUAUAUGGACAACACAUUCAUCUCAUCAUAUCAAGACACCUCUAUGUUCAUAAACGCAUCCAAUUCAUCUCAUAUCUUCCCUUUAGACUCAUCAAAAACAGCAUCCACAAAAACAAAUACAAAACGCAGAAGCCAAGUCAAGAACGCAUGUGUCAACUGCCAAAAAGCUUGCAAAAAAUGUGAUGAAGGCCGUCCUUGUCAAAGAUGCAUUAAGCUCGGUAUCACAGAAACAUGCAUCAACUCACCCAGAAAAGAGCGCAAAAAGGGCUUCAAGAGAGGACCCUACAAAAAGAAAUCAUCGAAUACUCAGCAACAAACAACAUCAAAAAAAGUCAUUGCAAAUGAAUUGACAAGUCCACCUGCAAAGCUAAAAGAAAGAACGAUUAGUAACGCAUCCUCAUUAUCAUUUUCACCUUCCCUUGUUGAUUGGCCUCUUGAUUAUUCACCUCUUUCUUCUGGUCAAGGACUUGCUCAGUCUGGAAUCAUACCAUCUCAAUAUCAUACCCAGUAUACUAGCAAAGACACUGCUAACCUAGCUGAACAAAACUUUUAUAAUUAUUACAAUAAUAAUGCUAGCACAUACCAGCCAAAACAACCAGAGCCACCAUUCAUCAUGGAAAGCUAUGAUCCUUCUGUUCCUGUCAUAGACUAUAGUACUCUCGUCCUUCAACAAGAACCUCUGUUUUCUAUUAAUCAGCAAAAAGAUCUUUGCUAUUAUCCAAACGAUUACACAAAUCACUCCUCGUACAACAAAUCAUUCAAUACUUCACAAUUGAUACCUAAAUUAGAAAUCCACAAUAAUAACGGGAUCGCUCCGCCAGCCUACGAUGAUAUCAUAAAUCAGACUGGAUUUGCAGAUGAUUAUUUGAAUAGUAAACACCGCCAUUUGAACCAACAUGAAAACAAUUUCCUUUAUAAUCAAUGGCCAAAAGAGACCAAUCUCUUUAAUCAGCAAACUAUGUAUUAUGACAGCCAGUUUUUUUAAUUAUAUGAACCUCCCCCUUUAGAAGAAGAAGAAGAAGAAAAUUAUUAUUUUAUGUUAAUACUGUAUGCAUUUUAUUUUAUUUUUAAUAUUUAGAGCCAACUACGUAGAUUUGUAUAUGAACC